AUGAAGCUUUACUCCAUCUCCAUCCUCCGCAACGAGUCAAAACCCGCCACGGUGUUGGCCUCCGCGGAAGACCUCUCUUCCUUUGGAUUCUUCCAGCGUGGAUCAGUCGGCGAAUUUAUGACCUUCUUCUCCAAAACAAUCGCAGAACGCACCACCCCAGGCCAACGCCAAGACAUCGAAGAAGGAAACAACUACGUCGGACACGUCUACGCUCACUCCUCCGGUCUCGCCGGCGUGAUUAUUUCCGACAAGGAAUACCCGGUGCGGGUGGCAUACUCCCUCCUCAACAAAAUCCUGGACGAGUUCAUCACACGGCAUCCUAAGCCCAGAUGGCAAUCCGACCCCAUGAACCCAUCCGCUCCUGCACCAUCAACGCCUUUCCCGGAGUUGCACACCUAUAUUGCACGCUACCAAGACCCGAAACAGGCUGAUACCAUCAUGCGCGUCCAACAAGAACUCGACGAGACGAAAGUCGUCUUGCACAAAACGAUUGAGAGUGUGUUGGAGAGAGGAGAGAGAUUGGAUACGCUUGUUGAUCGGAGUGAGGCGUUGAGUGCACAGAGUAGGAUGUUUUAUAAGCAGGCGAAAAAGACGAAUAGUUGCUGUGUGGUUAUGUAG